AUGGCCAGUCAGCCAUCGCAGGGAGCGGAUCCUACCGCCGCUGCCGCUAAUGCUGCCGCUGCGAGUGCUGCUGCACAGCAGCAUCAGGGAGGAGCGCACGCGCAGCAGGUCGCUGGUUACCAGCAGGCAAUGCACAUGGUGCACAUGCAGGGAGGACACGCGGCGAACGCUGGUGCAAUGCCGCAGGGAUACCCUCAACAGGAGGAGGAACCGGAGGAGGAGGAGGUGAAGGAGGAGGAGAGCAAGCAGGAGGGAGAAGAAUCAGCAGCAGCAGAAGCAACGGCAGCUGCAGAGGCGGUAGCAGUGGCGACAGGAGCACCACCAGCAGCAUCGUCCCUCGAAGCUGACUAUGAGGAGGAUGAUGAUUUCGGUGACUUCUCAUCCGUACCAUCUUCCACCGCAGCCCCCACUGCCUCUACCGAGUCUGCUGCUUCAACCGAACCUGCUGAUGUCGCUCCUAACGCGGCUGCUCCAGUGCCUUCGGCAGCAGCUGUGCCUGCCGCUGUAUCAGCUGCUGCGGCAGGGGCAGGGCCAGCAGAGGAGGACGACGAGUGGGGGGAUUUCUCAGAUUCUUUCGCUCCAGCUCCUGCUGCUCCUGCUGCCCAGGCUAUUCCCUCUCAGGUGGAUUUUUCGAAUCUUUCCCAGACAGAUGCUCCCCAUGCUCUCGCUCCCACUGUGCCUGCUGUGAUGCCAGCAGCCAUGGCAUUCGACCCAGAUGACGACUUUGGUGAUUUCUCCUCCUCCCCGGCAGUCCCCUCUGCUGCCUUCGCCCCUGCAGUUUCUGCGCCUGCACCCGCUGCAGAAUCUGGUUUGGGCAUGACUGCAGCUGCCUCCCCCUUCCCUCCCUCCCAUGACUCAACACCCCAGUUCUCUGCUGCGGGAUUUGGGGCCUUUGCCCCGCCUCCUGGCGCUUCUGCUGCUGCUGCCGCUCCUGCUGCUCCGCCUCCUGCUUUCGCUCCUCCUGCUGCUGGCCCCACAGCAGCUGUAAGCAAGGAGAUCUCAUUUGAUGAUGAUGACGACGAUUUCGGGGAUUUUGCAGGGAGCGUUGCUGUGAGUGGGAGUGCAGGCAGCGGGAGGGGGGAUACUGCCGCUACGGGUACAGUCUCCGCUUCCCCGGAAUUUGUGGGGGUAGACCUCAGCAGCACUGCGGUUACCCCUGAUCCUUCGCUUCGCCUGGAUGAGUCGGGUGCAGCGAAUCCAGUGCUGGUGCCGAGCAGCUCAGUGGCAGCAGCAGCAGAAACCGCAGCUCUAGCAGCAGCCAUGUCCGAAACCCACGCUGCUGCUGCUGCUGGUGCUGCUGGGACUGAUGGCGGCUUGGCUGCUGUUGGUGUUGCUGCUGGUCCGAUCCCCCUCUCUCUCUUCGGGGAUGACGUGGCGGUUGCUGAGCUGGAGAACGCUGAGCUGUCACUCGGACCUUUCCCUUCCACUGGCAGCAGCAAGCCAGCAGACCAGGCUUCAGGCGCAGGCACAGGCGUAAGAGCAGUAGGUGCAGGGGCAGGUGCAGGCAAGGAUGCCUCUACCACUGCUGGCGCUGCUGCUGCUGCUGCUGGUGCUCCUGGUACUGGGAAAUCCGGGAACUUUAUGGAUUUGCUCUCGUCUCUAUAUGGAAGCUCGUCUGCAGGCACUGCAGCAGGCACAGGAGCAGCAGGAGGAGCAGGAGGAGCAGCAGCAGGGGGGGGAGGAGGAGGAGCAGGAGGGAGGCUGGAAGGGGCCCGGUUGGGUCAAACUUUCUCUACCGGACGAGUGCCUCUGGCAAUGGCGUCUGCUGCUGGGUAUGGCGGUUUAUUCGGCCUGCUCUCCCCAGGAACCCCCCCCACAGAUGUGCCCUUAAGGGGUUCCAUGAGUGAGCAGGUGGGGCAGAGAGGGCGGGGAGGGGGAGGGGUGGGGGGGUCGCUGUCAGGGGAGAGUGGGGAAGGGUGGGAGGAGCAAGGUGACGGGGUUGCGGACGGCACGGGUUUGUCCUUUGCGGCGGUGGACGGCGGGGGUAGUUCCACCGGUGGUGGUGGCGGUGAUGGUAACGGCGCCGGCGCUUCAGGUGCCCCAGGUGCUUCAGGUGGUGCCUCAGGUGCUUCAGGUGCAUCCUACCGCAGCAGCGGCCUGCCAGGGGGCGGGCUACAAGGCCUGGCAGCAGACCACGUGCUGCCCAUAGUGGGGGCUCAACUGGGGGAGGGCGUAUUCACUGCCAGCAUCACCGCCGCCCUAGAGUCCGUCCUUCAGCCCACAGUGAUCCGCCUGCCCAACGAAACCUCCCAGCAGUGGUGGGAGGAGACGCUACAGGAGCUGGCAGAGGGGGCGGAGAGUGUUGCUCGGAACGAGUUUGGGCGGCUGAGUGGGGAGUUGGUGAGGGAGGGAAGGAUGGAGGAGGCGUAUGCGUGCCGGUUGCAUGCUGCAGCGGUGCAGCUGCUGCCAGACUGCCAGGGGCAAUACUCCAUGGCUCUGGGGGACGGGCGCGUGGAAGCAGCCGCUGCUGUGAGGGAGGACAUCAAGCGGAUGGAGACAGUGUUGGGCAGCCCGGCAGCAGUGGAAGGGUGGAGGGAGAGGGGGAAAGCAGCAGCGCCUUCUGUGCCAACAACCCAGCAUGUGGAUCAAGACGGUGGUGACAAAACAACCAUUGACAGCGGCGAGGGAACCACCACCACAGAGGGUGGCAAGGGAAACACGGACGACGGCGAGGCAACCACUGAAAGCAGUGUGGCUGGGAAUGACACCGAAUCUGAAGUGGCUGAGGGUGGCGCGACAGAGACAGGGGACGGCAUGUCGAGCUUACAGGAAGCUGGAGCAGCCCCUGCUACAGCGGACGAACCACCACAUGCUACAGCCGAGGCAGCAGCUGACAGCAAGCCAGGGAGGGACUUGGCCUCUCUGCGGUGGGAUGAGCGGUCGGUGGGGGAGAUGGGGGAGCUGCUGGGGCGCAGCAAGGGAGACGCUCGAGCUGCUGCGUUUGACGGGGAGUUCAAGCAAGCUGAGAUCUGUGACCUGGCCGCCCAGGAUCUGACAGCAGCGCUCCUGGUGCACCGAAGGGCGGUCUUCUGGUACAACAUUCUCUCGGCAGUUUCUGCGGCGGAGGCGGCGUCGUUUGUCCGGUUGUGGGGGGCUGUAGCGGCGCGGUGUGCAGAUGUACUAGAGGCAGCAGUGGGCGUGAGGGAGAAAGCUGCUGCUGAUGGUGCUGGCACGCUCACUGCUCUGCUGGACAAUCCCAAGGCACGUGACUAUUUCGCAGCCAUCACCCAGACCUACGGCGUGCUUGUAGUCAUCGCUGCUUGUGCCCAGCUGCACCGACCCUGGCUCUCUGUCAGGCUCGGCACAGGCUCGGCAGGGCCACCAUCAGGUUUGAGUGAACCUGGCAGCAUGGCAGGGGAGGAGAAGGAGGGGGGAGGGGAUGGGGAGGGGGAUAUACUAUGGGCGCACCUGCUCAGGGGGCAGGCAGCGUGGCAGAAUGGAGGGCUAGAAGCAGUGGCGAAUGAGGUGCUGCCACGUGUCAUGGUGCCGCUGUCAUGGUCGGACGUGGAGAAGGUGCUGGAGGGCGCUGAGCUGGCGGCGGUGCAGCGGGCUGCUGAGCUGGCGCUGGAAGGGCGGCAGAGGCACAUGGGGCUCGUGGGAGGGUCGGGGACUCUUCUAUGUGCUCUCACCCGGCUGCCCAUCUUUGCUUUCACAUGUAAGUUCCUUGUUUUUAUCUCCUGA